CAUAAUCAUUAGAAAGCCUCGAAGUUUGCCUGAAUACCCCGGGUCGAGAUAUCCUCGUUUGACCUCCAAUAUACAUAUCCCUAGGUUCCAUUAUUCAGUUAUCAUGAAUCCUAGCUCGUCAGCAAUUGUCACGGCCUUCAAUGAAAAACUACCAACCGAAGUGGCAUAUGCAUACAGUGAACCAUACCGCUUUAUUCGAAGUACGGCUUCCUCUACAAUCGAGUCAGACCCAGUUGCAGUCUAUUUUGAGGAGGAGAUUGACACUUAUCACAAAUUAUUCGAUCGCUACUUCCCAAGAAUUGGCGCUGGUAGCCCAUUGAACGCCCGAAUGCCAGUCCUAGAACAAACACAUCUACUGGAGGCUGAAGCCGAUGUCCUGCGGCUAGCCACGCUGCAGCUUAUCCAUCCUGUCAAUAUUGCGCUGCAGCAGACAUGUCCUAGAGGGACUCGAAUUAUUUGUCGUACUGAGUCUACUACAAGUAGUACAAGCCGCCUCGAUGUCGAAUGGUCUUUAUACAACACACAAGGUGCUCUGUUGUCUCGGCUCGCUAUCCUAGAGAUCAAAAAUACAAACGUUAUACAUAGAGAUGAUUUCCAGCGCGCCGCCGUCAACGAGCAGAACUUCCAAGCUAAAACGGCGAGGGCUAUGGAUACAGAAAGCCUAACACUGCUUCAGCGCAAUGCCGUUUGGCUCUCGAAGCAAGCUCACAAGUACUCAGAACAUUGUCCGUAUGUGGCGAUCUUCGACUACAGUGCAAUGUUUCUAUUCAGUUUUCUGUGGCAAACAACGAAACCCGUACGUGGGUUCUACUUCGACGAAAGCGGGCGCACAUCAGGCAUGACUUUCCGUCGUCUCCUUUUUGCCUUUGUGGUUCGCGCAUUGAAGGGUUACGAAGCACGAAUGCCACAGAAGCCAUAGACCUUCCAAUGGUCACCGUUACAGGCCUCAUAAUAUCACUUGUUGAUUUCUUGUACUGCUAUUGAGCUUUUGUAUAUGCCAACUCCCUGAUUUUACAUGCCUGCUUGCUUCUGAGAGCUUAUCGAAGAGCAUUACUUUGGAAAAGAG